AUGCAAUCAAGCUCAUACUUGUUACAGAACUGGGAGCGUCUUGUAUCUGUCCGAAUCACGGCAUGGCUCCAACUGCUGCAAUCUAAGCAUCGCAGAAUUUUGCAGCAUUUGCUGGAGCAUCCAACUGCCUUUAUUCUCUGGCCGACCACAAUCCUCUUUGUGUUGAGCUAUCCGACGCUCUACUCGCUGUAUGCGUCCACAUCUAGCGUUUUUCCAACUUCUCUUAGCGACACCAGCUACGUUAAGACAGUUGAUAUCCAUCUCGCUGACAGUCCGCUGGUCGAGCCUGACUUUUACAUGAAAAGCGUGUGGAUCCAGCCGAACCUAAACUGUGAGAACAGCACGUUGUCUGGCGCGAUGGAAGCCGCAGCGAAAAGGAAGUCCCACCGGGCCCUAAAUAAGGAUUUUUUGCUGGAUGUCCUGCAUCUACAGCAAGAAUUGCUACACGACCUGGAGUCAGGACACAUAUACAUCCACUCGCCUCUUGAAUACUGGCACAAUAACGAAACGCUGCUGCGCAGCGACCCAAAUGUGCUGAAAACCAUCCAUCUGAUGGAGUCUCAAAAAGCCAACUGGAAGGUCCCUCUGUCGCAAUUUCGGCUGCUCUCAGGAAUCAGCAAAGUGGACGGAAUAGUAAAGAGCGCCGACUCGCUGCAGCUGUGCAUCAUUUACCCGACACAGCUCUCACGCCGUUUUGAGCAGAUUUGGGAGGCAAAUCUGCAGGCGGCCAGACUAAAUGACAAGUUCCAGAUCUUUGAGGCCAAGAACGCUGGAAAAACCAACUUUGAGCUCACCUACAAAAGAUGUAAUAUUCUGGAGCGUGCUCUGGUAGCGGCUGCUCCUGUGCUUGUGGCUGUCUAUGCCAUGAUAUUUCUAACCAACAUUCACUCCAUCAAGUCGAGAACAGGCCUAUUUUGUGCGUACAUUGUCCAGGUCACCUUGUCCAUACUUUCAAGUGCCACUUUGUCGACCUACUUUUGCAGGACCUUGGACCUUUCCCAGCUCCCGCUUUUGGUCACUCUGUCAAUCGUGCUCCUGGUCAGCAUCGAGAAUACUUUCCGACUACUGGUGGCCACGUCGCGGACGUCGGACGAAAUUUCGGUGAGCACGCGUAUUUGCAAAUCGGCACUUUCCAGCCAUCCGUUGUCCACAACAGUCGUCCUCGCAGACAUUGCUCUGCUGGUGUUGGCGUCGCCAUUCCUCAGCGAGCUCGCUAGAAAGCACGUGCUUUUCACUUCGCUGGCCCUCCUCUUUGACCAUCUGAUGCACAUCACUUACUUCACGACAAUUGUGGGCAUAGACGUACGCCGACUUGAGCUGCAAGAUCUUUUGCAAAGGUCCAAUAGGCACGACGCUUCUCAGGAUCAGGAGAUGCAAAUGAGGCCUCUUGGUUCUGGUUCUAUUUUCUCUUCGGCUUUGCUCGGCCCACAGAACAACAGAACCCACGGGCUGUCGCUCUGGACAACUGCAAGGCAGUACCUCUUCAAAGUGAAGCUUCCGCUAUUCAAGUCCUUGCGCUCGAGUGUCGCAGUCGUGCUGGUUGUAUUUUUACUGAUAUCCAAAUGGACGUGUGGCGUGAACUGUCGCAUUCCCCUGACGUUCACGUCUUUGCAGUCGGCGGUGAACUCUUCCGUGGAGGCUCUUCAAAGCAUGUCUUUGGAGUUUUUCCCAGAUAAAAAAGUGCUGGCAGCAGAGCUGCUUCAGCUGUACUCAAGAAAUGCUAACACACAGAAAAAACAGUUUAUCGUUUCCGUUUUAGAUCCCACAGUGGUUCUCUCGAAAGAUGCUGCGCAACCUUUUGCGGAACCGCUGCUUAUUGGCUCCGACCAGGGGAUAGUUUUCAAUUUUGACAUGCUCUAUAUUUUGGAGUUUUUAAGUUGUUUGACGUUUGUGGUCUCCAGUGCGCCUCUGAUUCUCAGAUAUUUUCUGGCCAAAGAUGGCAUUGACGUGUCUUCAGGGCUCGGAGGAACGCUCGAAACUGCGCCCGAAAACCAGCACACCACGUUCAACUCCAAAGAACUGGUGAACGGCCAUUUUCUGGACGUGGUGCGCAUAUCCACCUCCUCCUGUCCGUUCAUAGUUUCUGUGGGGAUGGACCACAAGAUUCUGGUCUGGUCGCCAAUGACAGUUCCUCUUCCUCCCCCUACGCAGCUGCCUCUCAGCGGAACUCUGCUACCGGUUACCAACGUGGUGAUGUCAAAUACAGGCUCUCUAAUUACUGUGUUCAGUAAAUCUGGCGCAGUAAAGUGCUGGUCGCGGUUUACCAUGUCGUGGAUAUGGACAUGUCAGGUCGACGAGCUGACCAAUGACACUCCGUUGGAGUCUUUUUUCAGAGCUCGAACAACUCCUCUGCUAUCACGCUCCAAAGCCAAGACCGCGACGGCGAAAUCGAAGCAGGUCAAACAGGUGCGCAUGGACGAGAGUCCUGCGAAAGUUCGCGGAAGGACGACUAUAAACUCAGCUUUUCUUGGUCACGGACGGUCGCCGUCUGUGGACUCGACGUUUGACCGGGGCAAGCAUUGCGGAUUCAAUGUGAACAAAAACGAGGACUUUGUCAUGGUGCUAAAGAACGGCGAUAUGGUGACCGUGAACUGCGCAGACGGGUCGACGACAAGGACGAACUUGACGCACCACAAAUUAAUAUGCUGCAAAAAAAUAGCCACGCCUAGAGUUAACGACAGAGUCGUGGGCGUGCUGGACGACGGGUCCUUGGUGGUGGCCACGGCGAUCAACAACAAGUGGAAAGUGCGGUCUGUGAAGGUGCAGACAGAAAGCUACAAUUCGGGCAAGCGACUAAUCACACCAGCCAUGAUCUCCAGAACCUCCUCGAUGAACCAGAUAUCGCUUGAGUCGUUGCAAAAGCUGCGUGCGAACGUGGCCAUCGGGUCCCAGUCCGCGAUUGAGAUCGAACCGUUACCCGACGCUCCAGAAAAAGAUUACUCUGGCGCAGUGAUAGAGCCUGUUCCGUUUGUUGGAAUGUUUGUGAGAGCAUGCGAUCUCACCGCGGAGCUGAUCGACGUGAACUCGGGGACUAUGCUGAAAUCUGUCAAUAUCGGCCAGUUCAAACCCAACACCUUCAAGGUGUUCCACGCAGAGCCGUCGCAUUGCCGGUUCUGUGGAUGUGCCUCCGUGAGCUCUUUUUCGAUAGCAUACACAGAGCUGGAAACUGACACACUAAUCGUGCACACUUUCUCCAUCGACAACAAGGCGAAGAACAGCAUCUGCAUGAGAGUCGAAAGAGACCCCCGCGAGACGCGGUGUCUUGGUUUUGCGUCGGUCACAGAGCACCAGCACUGGCUGAGCAACGUGGAAGGAUGGUGUCCAACAGACCUGAAUAUUCUAAUAGGGGUGCGUAGAAAAUCAAACCCCGAGGACGAGACUAGAGAAGUUUCCGGCUACAGCUCAAACAGCCGUCUCAUAGAGGGCGAACGGCUGCGGAGUCGCAAGAGCAGGCGUGCCACCCCAGAAAAGAAAAUACAGGAUAUCUGGGAAGGAUGGACCAUGACCGCUGCCGGGGAGGUGAAAUACUACGACAUUCCAAGCGGUGCCAGCUCGGGACUUCUGAUCAGACGCAUAGGCCCUGUCCAGAAGUUUGGACACAAGUCGAUUGUCGUUUCGUUUGGCAACAUCAUGAAGAUCCUGUACUUGGGUAACGACAACUUGAUCGACAACGGAGAAACAGAGGGUGAACUGUCUGUUCCUUCUGCACAGCCUCCAAACGCAUUGGGAUUUAUGAACAGAAGACGCAGAAUGAAGCUGAUGAAGUACGAACUGACACACUCGACAAAUUUCAGCGAUGUUGACGAGGAGUAA